GUAAAGAGAAAUGAAUUUCUUUUGUCGUGUAUCGUUCAAUUUAGCUAUAACUCUAUCUUCGAUUUCAUUAGGGUUUCAAAUCUUGGUCUUUCUCUGUUUUUUUUUUUUUUGGGGAAAAAUUAUCAUCCCUGAUAAGAAAUCUACAAAAACCCUUCUCUAAGAUCCGAUCAUAUUUACCAUGACUGGAAAGGCGAAGCCGAAGAAACACACAACGAAGGAAAUCGCCGCUAAGAUCGAUGCAGCCACAACCAACCGCGGCGGCGGCAAGGCAGGGCUAGCCGAUCGCUCCGGCAUCGAAAAGGGUGGUCACGCUAAGUUUGAGUGCCCACUCUGUAAGACGACCGUACCUGAUUUGAAAUCGAUGCAGAUUCAUCACGAGGCUCGCCACCCGAAGAUCCCAUUCGAAGAGGAUAAGCUUGUGAAUCGUCACUCCACCGUUCCCGCCGUCGAGAGCUCCAAGCCCCGCCCUGGUAUUCGUGGUAGUCUCAAGAAGUAACUUUGAAUUUGGGUUUUUCUAAUGAUAUAUUAUGUGAAAAAGGUACUCACUAUAUGAGUGCCGUCUAGCUUGUUAUUUGGGCUAUUUUGUCUGUUUCUUUGUUUUUUCUUUUCUCUGGUUUCUCUGUUUAGCUCGUACUGAAAAAAAAAAUGGAAAAUGAAAUUCGUAAGAGCAACGCCAAAAAAGGGGUUUGGUUUAGUCAAAUCUGCCCUCUUUUUGCAAUUUGUGGUCAAAAACUCUUAUCUUUUAUUUACUCUUUUAUGUUAAUAUUUAUUCGUAAAA